AUGGCCUGGGGCGGCAGCCAGAACCUCUCCACGCAGGGGCUGUUCAUCCUGCUGGGCUUCCCGGGCUGCAGCCUGCACGUGGGGCUCUUCCUCCUCUUCCUGGUCAUACACGUGCUUACGGUGGUCGGCAACCUGGCCACCAUCUCCCUGGUCGGGGCGCACCGGCCCCUGCAGACGCCCAUGUACUUCCUCCUCUGCAACCUCUCCUUCCUGGAGAUCUGGUUCACCGCGGCCUGUGUGCCCAAGACCUGGCCACGUUCGCCCCGCGCAGCGGGCCGUCUCCUUCACCGGCCGAGCGCGCAGAUGUCCUUCGUCGUCUCGCUGGGCUGCACCGAGUACUUCCUGCUGGCUGCCGUGCCUUACGACCGCCGCCCGGCCAUCUGCCUGCCACCGCGCUACAGCAGCCUCAGGACCCCCGGCCUCUCCGCCCGCCUCGCUCUGGGCUCCCGGCUGGGCGCCUUCUCCACCGUCACCGUGCCGGCCACCCUCUCCGCCCGCCUCGCUCUGGGCUCCCGGCUGUGCGCCUUCUCCACCGUCUCCGUGCCGGCCACCCUCUCCGCCCGCCUCUCCUCCUGCGGCUCCCGCCUUAUCAACCACUUCUGGGACAUCGCGCCCUGCGUCAUGCUGUCCUGCAGCGACACGCGCGCCGUGGAGCUGGCGUCCUUCGGCGUCCUCCUCCUCAUCCUGGGCUCCUGCUUCAUCCCGCUGGUCUCCGAUGCCUACGUCGUCGGCAGCGUCUUCAGGAUUCGCUCCGCCGCCGGUGGGCACAGAGCCUUUUUCACCUGUUCCUCCCACCUCAUGGUGGUCCUCAUCUGGCAUGGCUCCAGCAUCUUCCUGCUUGUGAGGACCUCAGUGGAGAGCUGGCUGGACCUGACCAAGGCCGUCACAGUGCUUAACACUGUUGUCACCCCGGUGCUGAAUCCCUUCAUAUACACCCUGAAAAAGGACAUCAAGGCGGCUCUGUGGAGGUGGGUGCAGGGGAUGUGA